AUGACUCUGUCCAGUGAGUUUGAAGCUUCCCAACACGCUGCUUUGCCUUUGGAAGUGGAUGAGAUUGACAUAGUUGGGGAGGAUGAGCCUAGCCACGGGCGCUUGAAUCGAAGUGAGUGCUCUACGGACCCCGGGUCCUCGGCAGAAUCCGGUGCUGAAUUUGACUCUUCAGAGCCGGACUCCUCCGGGGAGAGCGAGAACAGUUUCUGCGCAGACGCACCGCCGUCCAGGAAAGCCCAGAGCAGCUCAGUAAAGCCUCCCUACUCCUACAUCGCCCUCAUCACCAUGGCCAUCCUGCAGAGCCCGGUAAAGAAGCUGACGCUGAGCGACAUCUGUGACUUCAUCAGCAACAAGUUUCCAUACUACAGAGACAAGUUCCCCGCGUGGCAGAACUCCAUCAGGCACAACCUCUCCCUCAACGACUGUUUCAUCAAGAUCCCGAGGGAGCCUGGCAACCCGGGCAAAGGCAACUACUGGUCUCUGGACCCCGCCUCAGAGGACAUGUUCGACAACGGAAGCUUCCUUCGGCGAAGGAAGCGCUUCAAGAGAAACCAGCCCGAGUUUGGCAAAGACGGACUUGUGUUUUAUUCCAACUUGAACUGCUACCGGCCGUACGGGCAACCGUACUGCGUCCAGGGCCAGGUAAGCCCCCCGCCCGCUGCUCCUAUCCGAUACAUGCCUGUGGAGGGCAUCAUGAUGCCUCCCUCCUCAUAUCACCUUCUACCACAGACUUUGAACAGUCACGGGAAGUGCAGUGGGCCUAAAGACUUCAGAGCGCGGCUUUGCGCAACACAACCCGCUGAGCCAAAGCCUGGCCCGCAGGCAAAGUGCUCCUUCAGCAUUGACAGCAUCAUGAGCAAACCCUCCCCCGUUGGUCCACAGAACCAAAACCCACAACAGAGCCCUCGCAGCGCCCUCGGGUACGGUCAUCUCAUGUCGGGAUGUUUGGUUCCGACGCUCCUGCAGGCUCCCAGGACUCUGUUCUGCUCCCCUGCCGUGCUGAGCACUGCUCCUUUAAGAAACGAGCGUCUCAGACUCUCUUACCAUCACUGUUGA